AAAUUAUUAGUAAUAAUAUUAUUGUGUAAUAAUUUAAAUGAUUAGCUUACUUAACAUAUUUGUGACAAUAAUAUAAUCUAAAUUAUUUUUUUCUUUUUUUAAUAAUCUACUUUCUGUGCAUUCUAUUACAGAUCACUGUGUUGAUGGCAUUAUUACUUCAAAGUGAAAUUAUUGUGUCAAUCGUAGAUGCUACAGUCUACAGAUUCCUGCAUGAUUUGAUUCAAUAUAACAUCGCAGGCGUACCUGCCGUGCACGAGAAAACGGAAUGGAAUUUUGAUCCAGAGGUUGGCAAGCAAAGAAGGAGUCAAUACGAGCUGGAAAACGGACGUUUCGGUGAAUAUGCGAUAGCAAAGCUAGGAAUGGGCAUUGGAUACAAAGGUCCAUGGGGAGUGCCAGCGAAAAGUUGAAACAUUAAAUUAGCGAGUAAAUAUGUGAUGUUUUUCCAACACACAUUACAAUUUUGUUGACAUAUGUUUGAUCGAAUAUCCGACGUAAAUAUAAUUCACCAAAUAUAUUUUUUAUAAAAUCAAAGUUUUGAACGAUCCUUAUUAUUAAUAUUCACAAUACAACGUUUUAAUCGUGUCAUCGACAAUUGCGAUCGAAAGUGAUUAUUAAAGUGAUUUUCUUCUCUUAUUUUAAUACCGUACGAAUUUUUAGCUAAGUCAUAUUUCCGCCAAAUUUAUUUUGAUUAAAUAUUUGCAAUUAAUUAGAAUUAGAAUAAGUGCAGUGUAUAUCCGAUAUAUUAAUUAUUGAAUGGCAUACGCAACUUAAAGUAAUUAGAAAUAAUUUUAAAAACAUGAUCUCUUGAUAUUUUUGUAUUUUCUCAGUAUUUAUACUUCACGUAUAAUUUGCAAUCAAGCAAAUAUCAUUUUAUUGAUACUUUCAAAACACACAUCUUUUCGGAUAUUGCGAAAAUUUCACGGUCGACAUUCAGAUGAAGCAAUCAAAGUAUGUAGCACAACGUAUCUCGGAACUUUCACUUUAGACAUCGGGGAAAGAAUAAGGAUGGUGGGGAAAGGAAGAAAUUUAGACUGAGUUCUGACGCGAAUCUGGGAGGUUGGAUACAGCGCGUCGAUCAAUUUUAUUUUGUGGUAUUUGUUAAAUUGAUUAAUAAUUGAUCCGACUAACGAUUAAUAAUUGUUCUACCAAAAAGACACUUUUAUUUCGCACUAUUUUCAAAAUUGCUUACUAUUAAUCGAGAGAACAUUUCAAUUGAUUUGUCAUGGCGAGCUCUACCUCUGUAAGUAAUACCAAAUGAUAUUAAUAAACUGCAAAUAUAAUCUUUUGUAACCUAAUUAGGAAUAUAAUUUUUUGUUCUUGAAUCUCGAUCGCUUAAAAAUUUAAUCAACAGCCACGUUAUCUGUCGCAACUUUCUAAUUGUAACUUUGCAAUUGCGUCUCAAUUUUGCUUGAAACUCUACUCAUUAAUAUUUAACAAGUAGGUAUCGAGUUUUGCAAAGAAAUAUUCGUUAACAAAUAAAGCAAAUUUCUUUUUACUUCAUUAUUUUCCGAAACUUUCUUUUCAUUUUACAGUGGCCGACUAUAAUCACGUUAACAAUAUUCGCCAUUC